AUGAGUAAACUUAUAAAAGAAGUAUCAUUUGAUAUUUUAAAAUCGACAGAAGUAGAUCUUAAAAAGUCUGUAGUGGCAAAAAAGAAGAGAAGAAAUAGACUAGACGACUACGAUUAUGCAGAUGAUUUGAUAGAAUCUUUUGAAGGGGAAAGUGAACCUGUGGAGAUGGAGUGCUCACUUAGUAACUUUUUUGUAUUUCAGGGGCCUUUGCCUUUUUCUGCCAAAAAAGUAUUAAAUUUUUUUAAAAAUAAGCCUGUUUUAACAGUAGAAAAAGAUAACGAGCUACAGAUUUUAGAAGAUGCUAUUUACAGCACUAGGAGAAAAAGAAAAGCUAGUCAUACACUGGUAUCAGAGACAUUAGAUAAUGAAGAACAAAAGAUAAUAAAAAAAGGAAGGCCAAAAAGUAAAAAUAAAGAAUGUUUACAGAAAGAAGCUAUCGUUAGUUAUAUUUCUGGUAAAUUUGAUAAAAUACAACAACAAUUUGAUGUAUUGAAUAUUGAAGAUAAAAUAUGGUAUUUCAUCACUAAUUACAUCCUGUACAAAGAUAAUGAAGAAGUGUAUUUAAGAAAUUUAGAAGUUUUUAACGACAAUGUGUUAGAAAAUAACGAAGGAAUAUCAGAAGAUAAAAAAGAGUUGUGGAAUGAAAAUACAAAAGUGAUACAAGAAGAUGAAGUACAUAAAAAUAAUACAAUGCAAGAAAGUAAAAAGGAAGAAAAUGGGAGUAACAAUCUACAUUUUAGCAAUAAAGGAGAAUUCUCUCAUAAGUUAGUUAAUUCCUUUGAUUAUAUUUCUCCUAGUUCAUUUGUACAACCUAAUUCAUUUGUACCUUCUACGCCACCAUCUUCUAUAGAUCCUCCUCUUUAUGCGUGCUUAUCUAAAUAUUUUUCUGAUAAGGAAAUCGAAACAUUUAUAAAUAAAAUUAUAACAAAAAUUGAUAAUGCUUUGGUGUCAAUAACAGUUAUAACUAGUGAUUCAAAUAUGUAUUCUUCAACUAGAAAAUUUCUAGGAUUCACUGAUAAUUCAUUUAAAAAUGAGUGUAUAAUUUACUUCACUAACUACGUAGUGAAACACUAUGCGAGUAAUACCAGUCGUGAUAUUUUAUAUUAUUAUUAUGAAGCUAAAAAAUGCAUUCUAGAUGUAUUUUUAGAGUGUAGUAACAAAGUAAAGACACUUUAUUUUGUCAAUCAACACUACAAAAAUUUAAUCGAAGAAAACAAUUAUGAUCUAUAA